AUGCCUACUCCAGACGAUAACAAGACUGCCUACCCCGAAGACUACAACGUGGGUCCUGCUCAACAGGGAGGAGGAUAUCCUCCUGGAUCUACUGAAGCUGAAACUACAUAUAAUCCUGCAAACACUGCUGCUCAAACCAAUUAUAAUUAUGAUAGCAAUACUACUGGUCAAUCCAAUUAUAACUAUGGUAACACUACUGGCCAAACUGAUUACAAUUACGGCAACACUGCUCCUCAACAAGCUUCUUACAUGGGCGGUUCUCCUCAGCCUGGUGCACCAACUGCUCAAGAUACACAGCAAGAGACAACAGAUAAGCCAGAAACUUUUAAUAAAUCCCUGGCAGACAAGAUUGAAAGUAAGCUCGAACACUUUGUAAACAGGUUUUCCAGUAACAAAAAGUAAACAAAUGAAUGUCAAAUCCUUGUUUGUAUAAAAUAAAGAUAGCUUUUUGGUAUUUAUUGGAAGAGAGGUCUAUAGGAUGUAGCGUGAUUUUAUAUAUACUUUUUUCAUA